AUGGCCGACCAAAAUAUUGUUCCGGUAAUCGCCAACAGAAGCCCUGAAGCUAUGUUCUUAUACAGCAGAACCCAGAUCUAUGACUUUCUCCGCGACGUGGCAGCUAACCCAGCAGCAUUUAAUGUGCCAGGCGGCCAGGGCAAAGCUGCAGACUUGCAAAGUAUACAGAACAGGCUCAAACAAUUGAGCCUCCCGGUAAGAGUUGGAGACCCUGGACACGCUGAGUUCAAUCGUCAAAGCCUAACGCCGGAUCAACACAUAUACAGACAAGUGAAUCAAGGUUGGCGGAAUGACGUACAAGCAUCCAAAUUCCAUGCGCGUGAGAAUUGGAAUCAUCAAUUCAUUGAUUCAACCAUAGCGCAACCCUAUUGGUCCCCAUAUGAUCUUCUUGGUCUCUUCUUGUCCAAGCUCGGUCCUGCCCAGGCCGGGUCGACCAAGCAGAACUUCUUUCUGCCCCUGACCGCCAUGUACAUGCAUUGGUGUCGAACUAUCGCUGGCAGAGAAGCUCCAGACCCAGUGGGCCCUGGCGGAAACCCCAGAGGCGUGGGCAAUUCAUCGUUCUAUUACAACUGCACAUGGGACGACAAUUCAAAAGCCUUCUUCCUCGGCGCUUCUCUUGCUGGAUUCAACUGGCGUCGCAAUGUGGGGCAGUGGGAGCUUGGUCGUCCAGCCAGAGAGUUCGAUCGCGAGCCCCUCAACCGUCUGGGGCUUAAGUUCUCACGUUAUGCGCUUCUGACGGAUAACUACCAUCCCCUGGGUUUGAAGUAUGAUUUCGAUCGUAGUCCAGUUAUUCUUGAACGGAACCCUACUGGCCAGAGAUUCGGUAACUGCGCUGAGACGUAUCCUUUUAUGAAUAUGCUUGGAUAUCGCCACAACAGAGCUCAGGGACCCGAGGAGAUGGCAAGAUAUCAUGGCCUAGCGCUGAAGUAUGACUACCUUGGCGAUCCCGCGGAUUUGGCCAUGCCAUACAGCUACAACAGAAUCAUUGAACAACUUCGUGGCCAAGACCGAAAAGCCUAUCCGAACCGUAGAUAUUUAGGACAGCCUUGUGAGAACUGCCGUUACUUGAUCAGAAGGGCCCAGGCAAAUGUUUUCAACUUUUCACCAGACAAUGGUCUGUAG